AUGAAUAAAAUUACGGUGGCUAAUCGAUUUCACGACCACAUGUACAAUUACCUGAAGAAUCAGCCAAUGAGAAAGGAAGAAUUCACCUACUAUGAUGGGAAGCAGAUGGAUAUCAAUUCUAUGAGUGAAGACGCAUCUAUCUUCAGCGGGACUAGUCUAGGCGAGGAGAAAAUGAAUAGUACGAACACACAACAGAGUGAAAUGAACAAAAGAAGCGCAGACCAGAAUGAAAACACAAACCAUAUUGUGAAUGCCGCUUUGGACAGAAGCAGAAAGAAUCGUAGUAAUAAUAAUGGUAUGAAUAAAUGUAUCCACAACAAUAACGAUAACCCCGCAUACAACAAUGACACUUCAAGUAUCUCCUCCAAGAGCAGUUUUGUGGAACAGAAAAAAGGGAGCGCAUUUUCUGGAACCAGAAAGAAGAAUAAUCAGGUUAGCAGUUCUAUUUGCGGUGCCUUUGCAACUAAAGUGGUCAACGGGACGGAGUUGGAAAUUCCCAGUAAAGGAAACAAUAAAUGUAACACCAUCGUGAGGGGUGUAGGCACUGAUAAUGCUGAUACGGAUAUUGUGGUUGAUGGGACAAUGGCGUCUGUGAUUUCCUGUCAUAACCGUAGGACAGGGGAUAUACGAAACGGUAAAUUAGUCCCUAACUUUGGAGGAAGGAUAUAUGGUGAAGUGAAUGUAGACGAGGAUAUCAACUACCAUCCAAUACGCUACGAGAGAACGGAUGGACACGUGGACAUGGAAGAGAAAAAGAAGGCACAGGUACUGAAUGAAGGAGCCUUUGAACAAAUUGGGACUAACUUACUAGGAAAGGAAAAUACCAGUUUUGAAGAUCCCUUUGCCAAUAAUUUCAGCGGAAAUCAACAUGGCUUUAGUAACAAGAUUGAUCUAAGCAACAUAAGCCUACUUGUGAACCACACGAAUGGUGCAUUUGAAAGGUCGGAGGAAGCUCUUAUAGCAUUUGAUAAGUGUGCCAAUCGGGAGAGGUAUGUAAAUAGCGAAGAUGACGAUGAAUCGAGGGGAGAUGUGGUGAAAAAAGGAGAACUUGGUAAUAUGCCCAGUGGCAGUUUUUCCACAUAUUACAAGAGUGACAGUGUCGAGGAGGGAACCACGUCGAGCGAUGUGAAGGAAGUGUCUCCUGUCGUCAGCGUCGUGUAUGACUGUGGAAAUUCGUGUGGAAAUCCCUGUGUAGCAGAAAAGUGCGGCAAGAAGCAAUGGAAGAGGGGAAGUGGGAAGAGGGACCCACCAUCUAGCGAUAAUAAGGGGAAAACCUCAAUCGACUGCGGCGAUAGGAGCAGCGAAGAGCCUGUGGGGAGUAACAACGAUGGCAUCGGCAAGGAAGGCAAGGUAAGUGGUAAUAACGUCCAUCGAAGCGGUAGUGUAGGAAACCAUAACAAAAAAGGCAACAGGGGCAACAAGAACAAGCACCAGAACAGGAAAAAUAACAAAAGAAAGAACAUCGCCAAUAAGGCAGAGAGGGGGACCAAAGAUGUGCACGCUGAGGUUGGGGGAGAUGGCAAUGCCACUAACGAUACUAACGAUAUUAACGAUACUAACGACACUAACGACACUAAUGACAUUAAUGAUGCUGAUGAUUUUAAUGACAUUAGCGAGGAAAACAACCUUAACGGCGAAUGCACCAAAAAAAACACCAAAACGACAAAUGGUGCAAACAGCAGGUCUCAGAAGAACGGAGUGGAGGUAAACCAAAAGAGCUACCCCCCGCAGAACGACAGGAACAACGCCGCUCAAACUCCCAAUGGGGUAGAUGACCUAGUAAACUUAGCUACGGUGCAAAAUUGUGCCAACAGUAGGGGCAGCCCUGUAGAUAGUUCCAACGCAAGCACGAUGAAGAGCGCGGGAGAAGAUGUAGACUUGCUUUUUUUUCGCGAAAACGAUAAUCCCUUGGAGGAACAUUAUAUGGUGUUGCAAGAAGAUGAUUAUGGAGUUAACAAGAUGAAGGAAAGGGCCGAAAAAAAGGACACUGUCCGGGAAAAGGGCAGCGCCGGUUUUAAUAACACUUUCAACAUAUUAAGGAAUAAUCUGUAUCACAUCUUUAGCGAUUCGUGUGAUGAGCAAUGGAACGAUGAGUGUCUCUUGGAGAGCUUAGACGAAGACGCGGACAGAAGUAGGAACGGGGGUACCGAAAGCGUUAGUUUCGUGGACAAUCCUAGGGGUGAUCUGCAUAGGAGCGACAUGCAUAGGAUCGAUAUGUAUAGGCUCGACAUGCAGAGGGAUCCUAUGCAGAGCACGGUAGGACAGAAGGGAUUGGCACAAAGCGGUUUUAUGGAACGAGACUUGAUGGAACGAGCAUUGGUGGAACGCGGCUUCGCGCAACACGAAUUGACGCAGCGCGGGUUGAUUCAACGCGCCUUGAUUAAUCAAUGGGGCGCGGAACAGCCCCCUUUGUAUAAGGAGGAUGCGGAGGCGGAGAAGGAGGACAAGUUAGGAAUUAAUGACCUUCGCGCUGACAGAAGCGCAUUCAGGGGUCAGCACCCUUUAAGCGACGCGCAGUAUAGCGGUUUACUACAGGCUCCAUGCAUGAGCGGUCUGAUGGGCAAUGUGCCCUACGCUCCUACUGUGAGGGGAAUUGUACUCGACAAUAAAUACGGCCUGAGCGGCGUUGCCGGUGUCAGCAGUAUUGGUAACGUUGGCGGUAGUGUGGUGAACAAUCCAAGUGGGCACGUCACGAAUGGUGCGCACCAAUCCACCUUCGUGCUGAACAACCAGAAGAGAACCAAUUUCAGUGGAGCAGCGGGGAAGCUUUGUGGAAUGGAAACGCACCAGAGCAAUUUCAGUGGAAACGCUAUUAACGGAAAAGAAAAUGGAAAUACACAUAAGUCCAAAAAAACAGGAAAUGAAAACAUGAUUAUUGAGAGACCUGUAACAUUAAACAACUCUCAAAUGUUAGAGGCAUUUAUGCAAGGAAGGUUAUGCCUAAGUUGCGAUUCGCUUGAUCACCCCAUGCCAUUGUGUCCGAACAAUUCCUUUGUUUGUCCGAACUGCCAUAAUAUUUCCCAUAGAGGAAACGAUUGUCCAAUGAAGUGCCGUUUUUGCCUCAAAUACCAUGUGGGUGUAUCCAUCAUGGACUGCUUAAAGAAGGCAAGAAUACAGAGUGAGAAGAAUUUUCCAAAUGAAGAAAAGAACGAAACGAACAAAGUAGGAAAGAAUACUAAAAGCCAGGACGAUAGGGUUAGUGUAGGACCAAGAUUUGAUAUAACUACAAGGCCUGAUAAUUCCUAUGGAAGGAGUGUAUAUGUAUCUAAUUUGAGCGAAGACAUAACGAACGUACAAUUAAGGGAUGCCAUUAACAACCACUUAGAUAAUGGCUAUGUAGUAAAUAUAGACAGACAGGAUGGAUACGCAUUUGUCGAAUUAUCUAACUUGAACUCUACAUUCCAGCUGGUACAGAAAUCCAUUAACAUAAAUUUUAGAAAGUUAAAAAUUCAGUUUAAAAAAACGGGGCAAUUUUUGAUACCGGACAAUUUGUCCUUAAGCGCGAAUAAUUUGGCUACCUUUGGUUUGCACCGAGGUGCAGUAGGGGGAGCUACCCUUGUGCAGACUAGUCUGGGAAAGAACGCCACCACAGCUGUAUGUAGGAAGAACCCAUCGAAUGGUGCCAGUAGCAAUGCGUUAAGCACCGGAAGCGCUGCCACCAGUGGGAACGGUGUGGAGCUUUGUACCAAAUUGAGACUGGGCGGAACUAAGGGAGGAAGUAACAACACCGCAAACGGAGCCACCUUACCGGGAGGGACCGACGGUAAGGGCAAAUAUGCGUGCAAAUUGAUCAGCGCAAAGCAUCCCAAGGAUCAGCAGCAGAAGAAGCAGCACGGGCAACUGUCCCAACCAACGCAACUAGCACAGGUAGCGAAAUUGACUCAAGCGACGCAACUAAUGCAACUGGCACAGGCCACACAGUCGGUGCAAUCUGUGGAGGAAAGGAAAAACAGGCAAAAGGAUAACCUCAAGCAGGGAAGAGCCAUUCCCACGGACGGGGUUGCUGUCGUGGACAAUAAUCCGAGGGCUAAAGCUGCCAUACUGAUCCAAAAGAAAAACAAAUUGGUAGGUGAGAAGAACCAGGAGAAGGGGAGAAGAGGAAGACUAUCCGAUGGAACUGUUUCCGUAGUGAGCAACGGAGAUGGAAGUUACGGUGCAGUCGACAUGGGGUCCAUGUUUCAUGGGUUCAAGAAUCCUUACAAUGUAGAGAUUCCGAACGGACAAAUCCUGAAUUUGCAAAACGAUUAUUUGCUAGCACAGCACCUCGAUGGUGCCAAGAUCGGAACAGUAUCAGAAGGAUUGACGCGAAGCUACUAUGACUUUAUGUGCACCAAUGGCCUUUCUUUGAAGAGUGGCAACGUGAGAAAAACUAUAGAUGUAAAUAAUGUACCUCUUCACCUUCCAUCUCUGUAUAGCAGUGGUACUGGUAACUGUGCAAAUGAUCUAUUCACUAAUGAGGUGGCUAAAGUUGGUUUUAAUUAUGAAGGAAGUAAUAUACCCCUGAAAAUGGCAAACGAUAUGAAUGAGAAGAAUGAGCUACAUAAAAGCAUGACGACAGAGACGAGCAAAACAACAGCCACCACCACAACCGCGUCGGAUAAUAUGUUGAACACGCAGCUCUUCAAUGGUGUCUCCCCCCUGAGGAGAAGUUUGAACAAAUCUGAUGAUAUGAUGAAGGAAACCCAUCUGCCUCCGGUGAUGCAUAUCAGCGGGGCUCCCAGCAUGAACGGAAAAUUGACAAGGUGUUUGAAUCCUCACCUAGAGGAUGGAAUGUUCGCGAGUGGAAGCAUGUCCCUCAGCAGGGUGGGAGAAAGGGAUAGAGCAAACGCGCAGUUUGGGGGCAAGUUUAGUAACCAAUAUGGCGGUAUCUACCUAGACCCUUGCGAUCGCUUCACCUCUGAUAGACAUAAUGACAGCCAUUACCACACCAGGAGCGGCAACAUCGGCAACGGCAAUAAUAACAGUAGUAACAACAUCAGCGGUAACCGCAACGGUAACGUGUCGGAGGCCGAGGCGGAGGGCCGACCCAACAUAGACCUAAAGUCAAUCGUUGAUAACGCCAUCGAAGUCAACCACGACACGAUGAAUUAUGACCAGCUCAGUUUUUCCAACGCUCUGGGGGAGGGUCUCCUCCACGAUGAACUUUAUGGCUCAUCUACUAAUGCUCCCGUUGCAUACACCCUUGGUGAGUGCGACAUCUCUGACCCAUACCACUCCAAUGAAAAUAACACGGAGCAGAAUAAAACGUACAGUAAUAAACAGGGCAUAGAUGGGCCCUCCUUAAAUUUUGAAGUAAGCAUGAACGGAAACAACAUAUGGAAGGACAAAAACGAUGACAAUAGUGGCAGUGGGCAUACCGCUCAUUUGGAAAAUUCGUACAAUAAAAUUUGCGACGAUAUGUUUUUUGGGAAUCAAGAUAUCUACGAUGUAUUUUCUCGGUUCAAUGGGAUAAAGUUGGAUAAGGACAGUGGAGACAGCGCCAUGUGUACCGGAGCGAUUAACGGUAGGGUUAGCCACCCUUUUCCCAUGGGAAGUAAUCAGCACAACGACCGCUCCAAUGGGAAUCCCAGCUGUGGUCAGAACGUCGUGAACCAGGUGCCACCAUCGGCAAAAGAGGAAAAGGAUGAGGAGAACAAAAUCAAGUUCGACGAAGCGGACAACAGUGUCAAGUUCGUAAACCUCAGCUCCGACAUGUUCCAACAAUUGAGCGACCUUUCCACCAAGGAAGACGUAGACCUUAUGGGCAACUCCUACGUUAACAACAUCAAGUACAAGGAGCUGGAUGCCAUUGAGAAAGAUUUAGAGAAGCAUAUCAAGGCUUUGUGGAACCUCCGCAAGAUAAAGUUGGUGAAGUCGCACGAUCUUCCGCACCACAUUUCGCAGAACGAAUUUGUGUAG